AUGUAAAACAACAAUAAACCUAAAUCAUGGGAAUUAAGAAAAAAGGAUGCUUCUAAAUAUAAGUUUUAUGAUAAAUAAGAUGAAAUAUUAGUAAAAAAACCUGGUGAAGUUGAUGGUGAAGCUUUUGUAUUAAGAAAUUGUGUCCGUUGUAAGAUAUUCAUAGCAGACUUUUCAGCAUAAAUUUUAAUUGAUGAUUGUUUUGAUUGUCAAAUGUUUUUUGCUGCUGUUGAAUCUAGUAUGUUUAUAAGAGGAUGUAAAAGAUGUAAAGUUAUUACUGCUUGUGGAUAAUUUCGAUCUAAGAAAUGUGAAGAUAUUCAAACUUUACUCUUUACUUAAAGUUAACCUAUUAUAGAAUUAUCGGUAAGAAUGGGAUUUGGUUGUUUUCGUGGUUAUUAUCCUUAAUUAAGAUAACAUUUAUAAAAGGCAAAACUCAAUAUCUGGAAUAAUACAUGGAGUGAUUUACAUGACUUUGAUCCUGAAAAAUAGGCUGAAAUUACUCAUUUUUAUAUGGUUUUGGAAGAUACUCGUUAUGAAGACAUGCUUAAACCUUUAAAUGAAGUACUUUCAUUAUCUAAUUUUACUUGGGCAGAUGAAUGUAAAACUGAAAACUAAGUUAUUCCUUUUACAAGUGAAUAAAGAAAGAAACCAUUUCAUGAAGAAGUACUCUUGAUUUUUUAUCCUGAAGAAUCUUCACAUUUGGAUGUAGAUGUCUUGAGUUCUAGUUUCCAACCAUUACUUAAAGAAAUACCACAAGAGAUCUUUGCUGAAGAAGACAAUUAAGUUAAUGAUUAAAUGGAAAUUGAAGCACCUGAAUAAUUGUAUUGCUAUCUAGUAAAAUCAAAAUAUCAACCUUUAUUUGCUGAUAAUUGGCUUUUAUUUAAAACAGCAGUAGAAACUCAUUUACCAGCAGAUAAGGCAGCUAAACUUUUGGAUUAAGUUGUAGUUAAUGGAAGACUGUAAUCCACAUUUUCAUUACAUAUUCGUACAGACAAUCAAGACAUUAAAUUAUUAUCUUAUUUGUAUUCACUUAUAGAUAUGAAAUUGAAAUGUAAUAUAAAUAAAGUAUGUGUAAUUGUUCAAAAUUAAAAAGCUAUUGAAGAAUUAACAAUUUUAUUAUUUGCAAACUAAAAAGAUGAAAGAGCAGGAUAAUAAUGA